ACGAGGCCAGCAAGUAACCGUCAGUUAACAAGUGCAUUAGCAGUACGGUAGCCAGUCGCCAGUAGGCUCGGCCGCAGCAUGAGCAAAGCGACACUGCUCUAGUACUAUCAUAUUGCUAUUCUCUCCGCUGCUACCGGGUCUUUGCUUUCUUGGGAGCUGAUCCUCAGAGCCGCCCUCCUCGCCAGUCACCCGGCGAUGACUCGCGGGCAGCGGCGGCGGCGGUGGCGGAGGCGGAGGCAGGUCUAGGCUGUGUGACUGGCCGCGGGGGAGAGCAGGGAUGGCGGCACCGGGAACGAGCUCCGGCGGGGCCGGAGGCGAGGGGGGCGGGGAGGGGAGGGGGGCGAAGGUGAACCAGGAGCUGUGGUACGCGUGCGCGGGGCCGCUCGUGGCGCUGCCGCCGGCGGGGAGCCUCGUCGUCUACUUCCCCCAGGGCCACAGCGAGCAGGUAGCAGCAUCAUUGCGAAAGGAUGCAGAUGCCAAAAUUCCGAGCUAUCCAAAUCUUCCAUCUAGACUUAUAUGCAUCCUCCACAGUGUCACUAUGCAUGCUGAUCCUGACACGGAUGAGGUUUAUGCUCGAAUGACUCUCCAGCCGGUUAGCAAUGUGACACAGUGUGACAAGGAGACAUUGUUGGCAUCAGAGCUUGCACUAAAACAAACCAGACCACAAACAGAAUUCUUUUGUAAAACACUGACUGCAAGCGAUACAAGCACUCAUGGAGGUUUCUCUGUGCCACGGCGUGCUGCAGAGCGGAUUUUCCCCCAUCUUGACUUCUCAAUGCAGCCUCCUGCUCAGGAACUGCAGGCCAGGGAUUUGCAUGAUGCAAUUUGGACAUUCCGUCAUAUAUAUCGAGGCCAGCCUAAAAGGCAUUUGCUGACUACCGGCUGGAGCCUAUUUAUUAGUGGAAAGAGACUUCUUGCUGGUGAUUCAGUCUUAUUUAUUAGGAAUGCAAGACAGCAACUCCUCUUGGGGAUAAGGCGAGCAAAUAGGCAACCUGUUAACCUCUCAUCAUCUGUUUUGUCCAGUGAUAGUAUGCAUAUUGGAAUUCUUGCUGCUGCAGCCCAUGCAGCAGCGAAUAACAGCCAGUUCACAGUAUUCUAUAACCCAAGGGCUAGUCCUUCAGAAUUUGUGAUUCCUUUUGCCAAGCACCAGAAGGCUGUCUAUACCAACCAAAUAUCUCUUGGCAUGCGGUUUAGAAUGAUGUUUGAAACAGAAGAAUCUGGAACAAGAAGGUACAUGGGAACAAUAACUGGUACAAGUGAUCUGGAUCCUGUAAGGUGGAAAAACUCCCAGUGGCGCAAUAUUCAGGUUGCAUGGGAUGAAGCAGCACCAACUGAGAGGCGCACCAGGGUUUCCCUCUGGGAGAUUGAGCCUGUCAUUGCUCCGUUCUUCAUCUAUCCCUCACCAUUGUUCACUGCAAAACGUCCGAGACAACCUGGGAUAACAGAUGAUGAGACCUCCGAAAUGGAGAAUCCUUUUAAGCGGACCAUGCCAUGGCUUGGUGAGGAGAUUUACAAGAAAGAUCUGAAUACUCACAACAGUCUAGUUCCUGGAUUAAGUUUAGUUCAUUGGAUGAACAUGCAACAGAACCCCUCUCUCGCUAGCACAAUUACGCAACCAGAAUUGCUAAACACAUUAGCUGGCAAACCUGUACAAAGUCUGGCUGCAGCUGAUCUAUCAAGGCAGAUCAGCUUCCAGCCCCAGUUCCUGCAACAAAAUGACAUCCAGUUCAACACUUCUCUGCUUCCCCCACAAAACCAGCAGACCAAACAGUUAGCAAAAGUGACAGCUACACCAAACCAAUUGGGAAAUGUUAUAGUACCACAGAAGGUAGUUCAAGAUUGCAAUUCCGAUCAGAAGCAGCAUGCGAUUAUUCAACCAGUGCAAGGAAGCCAACCAAAGAUAAAUAUCGCACAACCUCAACUUGUUGUUCCAACUCAACUCCAGCAACCUCAAGUCAUUCUCCAGGCUCAGCCUCAGCAACCUCAAGUCAUUGCCCAGGCUCAACUCCAGCAACAGCAACCUCUGGUUCAAAAUCACACCAUUGUACAAGGAGGUCUUCAACAAAUCCAGCUUCUGCAGCAACAGCAACCACAUCUGCAGCAGCAGCCGCAGCAGGUUCAGCAGUUAGUGCAGGAACAGCAGCAAAUAAAGAUACAACCUGUUCACGUACCCAAUGAUACAAACAUGACCACACAGCUAUCUGAUCAUCAAAUGAAAAUACAAAUAUUGAAGGCUCUACAGCCACAGCAGCCUCUGAUCAUGGAGCAGCAGAAAAUGAUCUUGGAUUUGCAGCAACAAAUGGUAAACUCCCAGUCUACUGCUCAGCAGUGUGCACAGGUAUCUAACCAAGUGGUUGGCAUGCAUAAUAGUAGCACUAUUCAAUACCCGACGCAGCAAAAGACUCAACCUCACCAACCAAUUCAAUAUUUUCCUGGGAAUGACGUUUCUGUUGCAAAAUCAGAAAUUGUUACCUCCAUGGGUGCUCGCUCUUUGCAUGUGCCUAGUGGAGUGCAGUCAUUGAAGAGAGAUGAUGUCCCCCCUUCUUCAACAUCAGCAUCCCCACAGAGUAAUCCUGUUCUUUUGCAAUCAAUCCCAAGUAGCUCCAAGAACCAAAGUUUACUUACUGCAGCAAAGACACCUCAAUCAUCUGUUGUAUUGGGCCCUACAAUUGAACAGGAAACUAAGCCUUAUCAGAGCACAAAGCAAACAGUGACGAUUCCCAAGAUGACUGAACAAAGACAAACUACCAGGCAAGACUACAUGAACAACACUCCUCAGAUGGAUUAUUUGGACACGUCCUCUUCAGCUACUUCAGUUUGCCUUUCUCAGGCUGAUGGAUCAUUGCAACAGCCACCUUCAUCCUUCAAUCAGCAUCAGCUGUUGAGAGACACAGUUCCAGAUAGCGAGUUUGAGGUUUCAGAUCCAGGAAAUAACCUUCUAUUUGGGGUAAACACUGAUGGCCAACUGGAGUCUCUUAAUGCAGAUGCUUUGCUUGCAAAUAACAUUGAAACCGAGAAAUACAUGAAUCAUAUGCCAGGAAAUGGCAUCUCUAACUAUAUUUCAUCGAAGGAUUCUCAACAAGAGUUAUCAUCUUCAAUGCUUUCACAUUCAUUUGGUGUUGCUGAUAUGGCAUUCAAUUCUAUAGAUUCUUCAACCAAUGAUGCCCCAUUCUUAAACAGAAAUUCCUGGGCUCCAGCUCCUGCACAUCAAAGAAUGCGAACCUACACCAAGGUGCACAAGCGUGGUGCUGUAGGAAGAUCUAUCGACAUCAACCGAUAUUCUGGAUAUGACGAACUGAAACAUGACAUUGCCCGGAUGUUUGGUAUUGAGGGGCAACUCAGUGACCAAAAUAGAGUUGGCUGGAAGCUAGUAUACGAAGAUCACGAGAAGGAUGUUCUAUUAGUUGGCGAUGACCCAUGGGAGGACUUUGUGAACUGCGUGCGGUGCAUCAGGAUUCUUUCUCCACAAGAAGAAAUGAAAAUGAGAUUGGUUGGUAACUUUGGAGACAGCUUUCUACACAACCAAGCAUGCAGCAGUUCGGGUGGGGGUCAGCCCUGGAGGUUCACCGGUGACUAGAAAGUAGAAACUCAUCAGCUUAGAUUUACUUAAAUGGCCAAUAUAUCUACUGGUGCCACAAGAUCGUCAUUCUUAUCUGUCAGUCUGACCAUAAUGUGAAGGAUGAAUGGCGAUGAUAUUUUAGGCUCCGGAAUUCUGAACCUUGAGUCCUUGAGUAAACUUAUACACUAUGAAGUUCAUGCAAACAGUGAACAUCAGAUGAAGAACGAGUUGCAAUGCAGCGGAAAAAGUUCCUCCAGAAAAUGUACUUCUGUCUGUAACACUCUAUGUUUUAGCAUUUAGAGGAUAACCCAAAAUUCACUCUAAUUUUAUUUUUUUUAUAAAUUAAUGUCAAACUAAAACCAAUGUGUGCAUAUAUACACACACAUAGGUA